GUCGUCUCUGAUAGUGUAAAUGAAAAGGUUACAGAAGGAACUGCUAGCCUUGCAGAAUGAUCCACCUCCUGGAAUGACCCUAAAUGAGAAGAGCGUACAGAACACCAUCACACAAUGGAUUGUGGAUAUGGAAGGAGCCUCUGGUACUCUUUAUGAGGGGGAGAAAUUUCAGCUUCUUUUUAAAUUUAGUAGUCGUUAUCCCUUUGACUCACCUCAGGUAAUGUUCACAGGAGACAAUAUACCCGUCCAUCCCCAUGUUUAUAGCAAUGGCCACAUCUGCCUGUCCAUCUUAACGGAGGACUGGUCACCAGCUCUUUCGGUACAGUCUGUUUGUCUUAGCAUUAUUAGCAUGCUGUCUAGCUGCAAAGAGAAGAGGCGGCCUCCUGAUAACUCCUUUUAUGUACGGACGUGUAAUAAAAAUCCAAAGAAGACGAAAUGGUGGUAUCAUGAUGAUACCUGUUAAUAUGAACUUUCUAGAACUCCCGGAGGGAAGAAGUCCUACUGAACUAUAAAAGCACUUUUUGAAAUCAUAUGGUCUCUGAACUUUAACCUUGGACUCAAACUCAAGCAUGGACUCAGACCACAAACAUGGGAGAUGAUGUCAGCUGUGUUACCGGUGGCCAGUUGGAUGCAUGUUUGGGAAAACUAAAAAACAGUCGAAGAAUGGAAAUACAUUUUUAAAGAGGAUGGAAACAUACCCGUCAAGGGUUGGUGUGGAAAAAUUUAGAUAAAUCCAUGAAAAAGGAUUUUUUUUUUUUUUGUAGUGAGAUUAUUUCUAUCUUGGACCAUACAUAUUCCUGUUCAUUUUUGUCAUUGGUAUGUUAUAAGGUCCAUGUGUCUUGUGCAAUAACAAGGAUAGGUGCAUAGCAGGGCCAAUAAUGAGAAAUCCAAAUCAAAUUAUAGAAGUCCAAAACCAAUCUGGAAAUUAUUGUAGUGUCCUUCGCUUUUUCUCUUUCCUUAUAUUCGUACUGAAAUGAUAUGCACUGUGAUGAAAGACCAGUUCAUUCUAACGAAGAUAUGGCGCACCUCUUUAGCGAGUUUCUGAUGUUCCACUGUAAAUAGAUUAAUUUAAGAAAGGUACUGUUUUAUCUCAUUCAUCUCAAGCUCUGCUGUCACUGCAAAUGGUGGUUUCAUUGUCACUUAAGACUAUAAUUGGUCCGUUUGAGCAUCAAAACCAACCUUGACCAUCCAUGAACUCAUAUUUACCUCUACCAAGUCAUAUGGGAUGGAACCAGUGUUGUGUAGGUUUGCCAUUAAAGCAGAGCUGUAGGUAACCCAGUAUAUUGAAUGUUAGCAAGAAAGUUCUGUCUUGUGUUCUAUGUUAUUUGUAUAAAAUGUUUUUGUUAUGAGGCAUUCGCUCAAAAUUAUGUUAAACUAUUCCAUUUAAAAAAUUUGCUUCACCUUUGACACUUUUUUUUUUUUUUUGGUGCAAGUAAUGAAAAAGAGUUGUUCAAGAGUGUACGUCUUAUUUAAUUUGGGGUAUUUGUUUUAUUCUCUGUAACCUCAGAUGGUUUGGAAGUUACUGUGGUUUAUAUAUUCUCAAUGUUGAUUAUCCUGGUCAUACUUGCCUGGCUCGGGUCAUUUUUUCAAGGACAAAAAGAAAAUCACAAAUAUUCCUAAAUAUUUUCCAUUUGAUUAUAUUUUCUCCUAAAGGACUGUUACAUAGUUUAACGAAAAAAACGAAAGAAAAAAAACGAAAUAAUGCGUAUAACUCCCAAAAGUGAGAUUAAUUAACCUGGCAGCAUGUAGAUAGACAAAUGAUGUUAUUGCAGAGCACAUAUUUGAUAAUGUUUAGAUCCUGCACUUUUUCCAAAAUGAAAUUAUUUUAAUUCUCCAAAAUUGAGUGUUAUGAUCAAAGAUUAUCUGGUAGUUUGGUUUUUGUGUUUUCUGGGAUUAAAAAACAACAACAACACUUUUUGUUCCCAACAUUUGUAUAUGUUUGAUGUACGGUAUCUGAUCAGUAAUGUGCAAUCUCACACUGUUUAUUAACUUCAUACACUCCAAAGAUGUAUUUUUAGCCAUCCAUUCAGAACUACUUGAAUAUUCUAAUCCUGGUUUGCUUGUCUUCUUUUCCAUCGUCUGUGGUACAGUGUACUUAGACUUCCAAGUGAAUGUGUUGGUGUAGAAAAAAUGGAGAUGGCCAUGACUCUUCCCUCUGCACGCAAUAUCAGGAUACUUUAUUUUAUGUUACACAUGUAAUUGUCCUUACCACUGAAAGAAAUGUGUGGAAAUGACAACAGGGCUAAACUUGAAUGUGUGUUUGGUGGCUGAGAAAAAUAUUGACACCUGUCAGCAUUUGAAAGGAAGUCAAUACGUGUACACACUUAUAAGUUUAAGUAGACUUGGGUAUCUAAAAAGUUUUCUUUUUUGCUAAUAAAGGGUUCUAUUUAAAUCGGUUUUUGCCAGUUGUAGGAGGUGAUAGGAGUUAUUGUUUUUCUAACUCUUUCUUUGAGGUUUUUUUUUUUUUUUUGGGUAUGUACAAAUUAUGUCAGUUUUGCCUGUUAAUUU